GCAUUUCUUUUUUAAUUUUUCCAUUUCAUUUCUUUGAAUACUUCUCCUCCCUCCUCUCUUUUAUCUUUCUCCAAACAACAAUGUCUCUCUCUAUCUCAAAUUCUCAAACUUGAAAACCAUUCAUUUCCCAAACCCUUCCUUCAAAUCCCUAAUCAUUCUUCACCCAUCCAUUUCUAUUUCAAUCCUCACACAUUCAAGAAAUGGGUGCGUACAGAGCCGACGACGACUACGAUUACCUUUUCAAAGUUGUUCUCAUCGGUGACUCCGGCGUCGGUAAAUCCAAUCUCUUGUCACGAUUCACAAAAAACGAAUUCAGUUUGGAAUCCAAAUCCACCAUUGGCGUUGAAUUCGCUACACGCAGUAUCCACGUUGAUGAUAAGAUUGUAAAAGCACAAAUUUGGGAUACCGCAGGACAAGAAAGAUAUCGUGCGAUCACAAGUGCAUAUUAUCGAGGAGCUGUUGGUGCAUUGCUUGUGUAUGAUGUUACAAGACAUGUAACUUUUGAAAAUGUGGAAAGAUGGUUAAAGGAACUUCGUGACCACACAGAUGCCAACAUUGUAAUUAUGCUCGUGGGGAACAAGGCUGAUCUUCGUCACCUGCGUGCCGUGUCCACCGAGGAUGCUAAAGCAUUUGCUGAAAGAGAAAACACGUUUUUUAUGGAAACGUCUGCCCUUGAGUCACUGAAUGUCGAUAAUUCCUUCACAGAAGUACUUACUCAAAUAUAUCGAGUCGUUAGUAGGAAGACUCUUGAGAUUGGAGACGACCCUGCCGCCUUGCCAAAAGGGAAAACAAUCAAUGUUGGCAGUAGAGACGACGUCUCCGCUGUUAAAAAGGUUGGAUGCUGUUCUGCGUAGUUUGACAGAUAAUAGAAAGGAUCGUCUUCGCAACCAAUGGUAUACUAUUUAUUUGUGCAUGAAUCAACCAACCCUCAAACAUUUUGAGAUUCAUGUAAAAUGUUUUAAUACCUAAACCUUUUCUUUUUUGUAUUUUUUUUCUACAUGCUUUGUCGAGUUUAUUAUUGUCGAUUUUUUUACUAAGUUUUGUUUGGUCAUAGGGAUUAUAUGAUUUUAUCUUUAGAUAUACAAAGUUACUGUUUGUAUUGAAUGAAAAGGAUAUCCUGUUCUUA